AACUCUGAGAGGGAACACAAUGAUUGAGGUAGAGAACACCGACAGAACAGGAAAAACAGAGACAAAGUGGAGAAUGAAAGUAAGAGCGGAUUGAAAAGCUCAGCUGUAUUGACUUUAAAUGGAUAUGGUAAUAAAAAUGUCUGAGGAUGUAAUAGCUGGAGAAGAAGGUUUGAUGUGCUAAUCUCUUGAAAGAAUCAGACACUCAAUGUUAUCUCGCCUAUUAAUCACAAAUAACUAUAAAAUCAUAUUUCUUUAAAAAGAAUAUAUUACUGUAGCUCAAUUGGUAGAGCAUUGCAUUUGCAUUUACACAUUUGGCAGACGCUUUAAUCCAGAGCAUUACAAAUUAUACAUUUUUAAUCAGCGUGGGUUCAAAUCCAUGACCUUUUACGCUGCUAACGCAGUGCUGUACCACUGAGCUAUACAGGAGCACAGAACAUAGGUCAGGGGUUCGACUCCUAGGAAACACAUAUAUUGAUCAAAUGUAUAGCUUGAUUAAAGCAUGCUGAAUGCAUAAAAGUAAUGACACCUGUAUCUUUCUGUAUUGAUUAAUACAUUAAAAUACCUCUCAAAAUAGGGGAUCAGGGGGUGUUUCACAUAAGAGCUGAGCAUUUAUUAGGUAUAAACACUGAUCUGAAAUCUGAAAUAUGUGAUAAUGUGAGGCAGUAAAACAGGACUGCGGCAGUAAUAAAGACAGCUAAAUGCUGCCCUCGUGUGUUGUGAUGGAGGUAAAACAUCUUCACAGUUUUUAAUCUUCAGUAUUCAAGCAACUGCAAGUCAAAUCGCUGGAUUUUAAAACGGUACUCACAAUCUGUCUGGUAAACGUAUAUAGGAUAUCCUAUUUUAAUUUCCCCAGUUUAACAAAUUCCGUUUAACUUUCGAUUUAUUUUACAAUUUUAAAAACUGUAAGCUGCAUUUUUAAAAAAUAAAGCGGAAUUUUUAAGCUCGGUACUACCUUCAUGGACGGCACACCAAACCCGUUUUUAUAAGCGUAUUCCGGUAAAAAAAGUAAAUCAUCAAUCGUGACAGACUGACGAAUCCUGGAGGAGGAGCUCUGUGCAGAAUGUUGUGAACCUUGGCGCAUGCGCAGUAGUUGGAGCAACCUGGAAAAGGUGUUUUGUAGAUCUCAAGAAACAGAUUUUAUGCUAUUACGUUAGUUGAUGUAAGACUUAAUUAUUAUAAUUAUUACUUAAUUAUUAUUAAUACAAAACAGUGUGACAAUCACGGUGUGAACUUCCGACCUCAGGUGCUGGACACGCCCACAAAGAGAGAGCGAGAGAGAGAGAGAGAGAGAGAGAGAGAGAGAGAGAUGUAAAACAGGUUUUCUUUAGUUUUUAUUUUCACACACACGCCCAUCACAAACUGCGACAGCUUCGAGAGAGUACGACAGAAUACUUCAUUAUGCAGUGCCCACAAUCUCCAGGGCGUCUCCUGUCAGAGGAGCAGUUCUCCUGUUCCAUCUGUCUGGAUGUGUUCGUGGAGCCCGUCUCCACUCCUUGCGGUCACACCUUCUGUAAGGCCUGUCUGCAGGGCUUCUGGAACCACAGCAAGAAGAUCCUUUGCCCCAUGUGCAAGAAGACGUUCUCCAGAAAACCCGAGCUCAGCGUCAACUGCGUGCUGGCUGAGAUCGCCCAACAGUUUCAGGGUCUGAGCACGGCGUCCCCUGCCGGAGUGCCCGGAGCCGAUAGCGCGCCGGCUGCACAGAGAGACGACGACGGCGGAGACUUUGCCAAACCGGGAGAAGUACCCUGUGAUGCCUGCAUCGGGAGGAAGAUGAAGGCCUUGAAGUCCUGUCUGAACUGCCCGGGUUCCUUCUGCGAAGCUCACCUGCGUCACCAUAAGAAGGGAAAGGCUUUGACCGGACACAAGCUGGUGGACCCCAUACACAACCUGGAGGACAAGAUGUGCAAGAAACACGAACGCCUGCUGGACGCCUACUGCCGAAACGAACACGUGUGCGUCUGUAAGGAAUGCGUGGAGACCUCGCACAAAUCUCACAACGUCGUCUCCGCUGAUCGAGAGUGGAAGAAAAUAAUGAGUCAGCUGGGGAAGAAACGCUCAGAACUGAAACUUAUCAUCAAGGAGCGAGAGAAGAAGCUGGAGGACAUUAAGCACUCCACAAAAGUCCUGAAAGAGAACAGUCAGAAGGAGAUCGAGGAGAGCUGGGCGGUUUACGCUGAGCUCCAACGAAUCCUGGAGCAAUCUCAGGCCGAGCUUUUGGACGCUAUCACAGCCAGACAAAAACAAGCCGAACAACAAUGCAGAGAUCUCACCAGCAGCAUGGAGCAAGAGCUGGAGGCGCUCAGAAAAAGAUCCAGUGAGCUGGACGCGCUGGCUCAGACACAAGACAAAGUCAUGUUCCUACAGUUUCUUCCGUCUCUACCUCCGCCACCCGAGCCGUCCGAUUGGUCAGCUGUGUCCGUGAACACAGAUCCGCACAUCCACACCAUCAGGAAGUCCGUCUGCUCCCUAAUGGAGAAAUUCCAGCAUGAGGUCAAACGAGUUUAUGGGAAAGAACUCAGAAAGCUGCAAAACUAUGCAAGUGAGGUGAUCAUGGAUCCUUCCACAGCCCAGCGUGAUUUGUGUCUUUCUGAAGACGGACGUCAGGUGCGCUAUGAAGAGCAGCGCAAGAGCAGUUCGCAUUCGGACACGCCGCGACGCUUCAGCCCGGCUCUGUUCGUCCUGGGACGCGAGGGGCUGUCGUCGGGCAGACACUACUGGGAGGUGGACGUAGGCCAUAAAACAGCAUGGACACUGGGCGUCGCACGGGGUUCAGCCCGACGCAAAGGAGACAUCCGGCUCAAUCCUGAAGGAGGCUUCUGGUGCUUAUGGCUGAAAAACGGCGAGGUGAAGGCCCUCGCCGGCAACAGGGUUCCUGUGAACGUCUCCACGCUGCCCCAGAAGGUGGGCAUCUUUCUGGACUGUGAAGCCGGUCAGGUGUCCUUUUACGACGUGAGGGCUCGCUCUCAUCUUUACACGUUCAGCGAUACUUUCACCGAGAGUUUGUACCCCAUCUUUAGUCCCUGCAUCAACCAGGAUGGAAAAAACCCCGGACCACUGAUCAUCCCGUCGUUCAAACACACCGGUGACGGAGACAUCAGCUGUGCUACAUGUCACUGCUGUCCAGAGCAGACGGUCAGUGUGUUCAGUGUCAUUCAGCUACAACAGACCACUGGAAUGGCAUCACCCACCAGUAUGUUAGCUGAAGAGCAGGUGCACUGUUCAAUCUGUUUAGAGAUGUUUACCAACCCCGUCUCCAUUCCCUGUGGACACAACUUCUGCAUGGCUUGCAUCGGCAGCUACUGGAAGUCCAGUGCUCUCUUCAUGUGUCCGAUGUGCAAAAAGACCUUUCUCAAGCAGCCCGACAUCAGCAUAAACACAGUGCUGCGAGAGAUCACAGAGAAGUUCAAAGAGAUGAAAGCCUACCCAGUCCAGAACCUCCAGAGAACAAUGCAGCUCGAUCCCGGACGAGCCCCCGAAGAGCUCCCUGCAGACUUGCCCGAGCUGAUUCCACCUGACGGGCCGCCGGCACAGGGCGUGCCCUGCGACGUUUGCACUGAACACAGGCAACGGGCCGUGAAGUCGUGUUUGGUUUGUUUGACGUCUUAUUGCGAGGAGCAUUUGAAGAGCCACACUGCUCGCUUUACCAAACACAAACUGAUAGAGCCGGUGCGGAACCUGGAGGAGCGCAUGUGCAAGAAACACGAGAGAUUAUUGGAGCUCUUCUGUAAGAAAGAUCAGACCAUUGUGUGUGUGCUGUGCACAGAGAUGGACCACAGGGCCCAUUACACUGUGCCGGUCGAACGAGAGUGGACCGAGAAAAAGGCUCUGCUGCGUAAGACUGAAGCUGAAGUUCAACAUAUGAUCCACGAGCGUCUGAAGAAAGUUAAGGAUUUCAAACACUCAAUAGAGCUAAACAAAGCCAGUGCUCAAAGAGAGAUCGAGGACAGCAUGCAGGUGUUCACAGAUCUGAUCCGAGCGGUCCAGAAACUCCAGGCUGAGCUGGUGCUGGAUGUUGAGGAGAAACAGAGGAAGACGGAGAACUGGGCCAACGAUCAAAUAAAGGAACUUGAGAGAGAAAUCGAUGUGCUAAAGAUGAGAAACACAGAGUUAGAGUAUCUCGCUCACACCGAAGAUCACAUCCAUUUCUUACAGAACUUUACAUCAUUAAUGUCUCAUCCACACACUAAAGACUGGUCUGAGAUCUGUGUGCCUGCAGAACAGUGUGUGGGAACCAUCAGAAGAGCUGUGCUUAAACUGGACCAGACGCUCACUGAAGAAACAGACAAACUUGUUGAACUAGAGCUAAGGAGGAUUCAAAAAUAUUCAGUUGACAUCACCUUUGACCCGGACACUGCCAACCCUUGGCUCCAGCUGUCCGAGGACGGGCAUCAAUUGCGUCACCUGGGGGCGUGGCAGGAUUUGCCCGACACCCCCGAGCGCUUCGAUACAGUGGUCAUCGUUCUAGGGCGCGAAGGUUUCACGUCCGGACGGCGAUACUGGGAGGUUCAGGUGGGCGAGAAGGACGACUGGUACCUGGGUGUGGCCCGGGCAUCCGUGAACAGAAAGGGGAGAAUUUCAGUGAGCACACCUCACGGUUACUGGGCUUUAGCAAUGAAGAAAAGUCAAGAGUAUCGAGUUUCCUCCUCACCGCCCCUCCUGCUCUCUAUUGAACCCAAGUUGAAAAGAGUCGGCGUGUACGUCGAUUAUGAAGAAGGACAGGUGUCGUUUUAUGACGUACAAGCCAAAAGUCAUAUCUACACUUUUAUUGACUCGUUCAAAGAGAAACUCUAUCCAUUUUUUUACCUGUACUGUUGUGAUAAGGCCUCUGACACCAUGACUAUCUGUCCUGUAGAGGAGAAAUCACAUGUGAAAGAGUGUUGAAUUACCUUUGACAGAAUUUCCUUUUGUGAUUGAAAAUUGAUGGAAUUAAAGGUAAAAUUGAGAGCACCA